AUGCCUUUUGGCCUCUGUAACGCCCCGGGCACCUUCCAGAGAUGCAUGAUGAGCAUUUUCUCAUACCUAUUGGAGGACUGCAUUGAGAUUUUCAUGGACGAUUUUACUAUCUAUGGGGAUGAUUUUGAUCAAGGGCUGCAUAGUCUGAACAAGGUAUUGGAAAGAUGCCGCCAGAAGGACUUGGUUCUGAAUUUCGAGAAAUGCAAUUUUAUGGUUACCGAAGGAAUAGUCUUGGGCCACAUAGUGUCAAGCAGAGGGAUCGAGGUCGACCCAGCAAAGAUAGCGGUCAUUGCAAAACUUCCAUAUCCUACCAACCAGAAGGAGAUCAGAGCCUUUCUGGGGCACGCUGGGUUCUAUAGAAGAUUCAUAAAAGAUUUCGCAAAGAUAGCCCAGCCACUAACACGACUUCUUCAGAACGAGGUCGAGUUUGAGUUCUCAGAUGCUUGCAAAGCCGCGUUCCAAUUUCUAAAAGAUCGAUUGAUAAGCUCUCCAAUAAUACGUGCCCCCGACUGGAAUCACCCCUUUGAGGACAAUGAAGAAGCAAUUCCAGACGCUUUCCCUGAAGAGCAUCUCUGCCUGAUCGAGUCAUCACCUGAAUGUCGGUGGAUCAACCAAGCGGAGGGAGUUGAUCAAGGCAACCAGAGAAGCACGGGACAGAACAUGAGAAAUGAGCCAUGGUUCGCGGACAUGGCCAACUACUUAGUAACGGGCGAGUUACCUAGAAGUGAUGAGAUUACAAGAGCACAGAAGCUAAAGCUUAAAAGCGAUUCCCGAUACUUCUAUUGGGACGAUCCUUACCUAUGGAAAAUGGGGGCAGAUCAAGUAAUCCGACGAUGCAUUCCAGAGUGGGAACAGGAAGAUGUGAUGAUCCACUGCCACGCACUGGCUUGCGGUGGGCACUUUGGACCGAAGAAAACAGCAUGGAAAAUACUUGAUAGCGAGUUUUACUGGCCUUCCAUCCAUAGAGAGGCUUAUGAGUUCUGCAAGAAGUGCCCUCGAUGCCAACUUACUGGAGGGAUAUCUACUAGAGACGAGAUGCCUCAAAACCCCAUUAUUGUCUGUGAAAUAUUUGAUGUAUGGGGAAUGGACUUUAUGGGACCCUUUCCCGCGUCUGAAGGCAAUCUCUAUAUACUAGUGGCAGUGGACUAUGUGUCCAAAUGGAUCGAGGCAAAGGCAACUAGGACGUGUGAGUCCAGAGAAGUAGCGAAGUUCUUGAAAUCAAACAUAUUUACCCGAUACGGGGUACCACGGGCUAUCAUCUUUGACCAAGGAACUCAUUUCGUAAACAGAACUAUCGAAGCCUUGAUGCGGAAGUAUGGAGUCCACCACCGCCUAUCCACACCUUAUCACCCGCAAUACAAUGGUAAGGCUGAGGUUUCUAAUAGAGAGAUAAAGGCUAUCCUAGAGAAGACAGUCAAUCCCACGAGGAAGGACUGA